AUGGUUUGUUUUUUUGAAAAGCGUGUGUGGACUGAGCUGGAAGGUGAUUGUGUUGUGUUGUCGUGUCCCAAAUAAAUAGACUAGCUGUUAAAGUAACAAUGUCUUUAACUGAGAGCUUGACAGAGUUGAUCAUCGAGCCACUAACUGUUUUUCCUGAAGAAAUAUUCGGACACUUGGAAAGAACUGUCGUCCAGUCCGAGGGAGAGAUCGAUCGUCGUCGCAGACUGCUGGAUAUCACCUGGAAACCAGAGAUAAAGUUACAUAGAAUAGACCUCCCACAACAACAUGUCUGUACGGAGGAGGAGGUUCUCACUGAGCAACAGGUCAGUAACCAGGAGAGGAACUCUAGUCUGGACCAGGAGAACCAGAACCUCCAGAGAUUAAAGAGCAACAGGAGGAACCAGGACCCCCACAAAUUAAAGAGGAAUAUGAGGAACCACAGCCCCCUCAGUUGAAAGAGGAACACGAGGAACCAGAACCUCCACAGAUUAAAGAGGAAGAGGAGGAACCAGAGCUCCCACAGUUAAAAGAGGAACACGAGGAACCAGAACCUCCGCAGAUUAAAGAGGAAGAGGAGGAACCAGAACCUCCGCAGAUUAAAGAGGAACAGGUGGAACUCUACUGCAGUCACAAAGAAGAACAUCGUGUACCGAAGCAGGAGACUGAUUCCUUCAUAGAGACUCCUACUGAUGAGGAAAGUGAACCAGAAUCAAAUAGUGACCAGCUCCUCUCUCACAAUUCUCCUGUAUCUGAGAGCCCAGAUCAGGAAGGAAAUAGAAAUCCAGAGCUAAAUCCAAAGAAGAGACGUCCCAGAGACACAAGUCAAAGUAAAAAUGUAGACAACUCUCCCAUGUCAGAGAGUCAGUGUGAUACUAAUACAAGUCGAAAGUCUGUAACACGUGACAUUUCUGGAAAAGCCGUUAAGAGCAAGUCUACAAUGAAAAGACGUUACAGAUUUCAUACAGGCACAAAUAAGACACCUCAUCAUUGCAACACAUGUGGUAAAAGUUUCACGUACAGGAGUAAUUUGAUUUUACACACCAGGACUCACACAAGUGAAUAUCCGUACUGUUGUGACACAUGUGGGAAAACCUUCAGGCAAAGAUAUAGUUUAACUGAGCACAUAACAACUCACACAGGUGAGAAGAAGUACGGUUGUGACUUAUGCGGUAAAACCUUUAAUCGAUGCGGUAAUUUACACAAACACAUGAGGAUUCACACAGGUGAGAAGCCAUACAAUUGUGACAUAUGUGGUAAAACCUUUUCUGAAAGUAGUCAUUUAACGAAGCACAGAAGAACGCACACAGGUGAGAGGCCGCACAGUUGUGACAUAUGUGGUAAAACCUUUACUGAACGAAGUAAUUUUAAGAAACACAGGAAGACUCACACAGGUGAGAAGCCCUACGGUUGUGACACCUGUGGUAAAAUCUUCAGUCGAAAUACUCAUUUAACUCGGCACAUGAGGAUUCACACAGGUGAAAAACCGUAUUUUUGUGACACAUGUGGUAAAACCUUCAAUCGAAAUACUCUUUUAACAAAGCACAUGAGGACUCACAGAGGGGGGAAGUUAUCAUCCUGAAGUUUCUGUAGGGAGAAAGUCUCUGGGAAGUGGAGAUUGAAAUAAUCUUUUCAGAAUUUGUUGUUUGUCAUUUUUGAUGCAAAGAUCUAAUGCAAUUAUUCUGAUAUCAAAUAAUAUCAGAUAUUAUUCUAAUAUCAAACCUGGACAGUGAACAGAUGGAAGGUUGACAUCUAAGUUUACAACAGGAUUUGGAGAGUACCACACAAUCAGGAGCCACAGGACAAGGAGAUGAUAAAAACAACCAGAUUGUGUUGUAAUGGCAAAGAAUUGAAUUUUGGAACACACAGUUGAUCAUAAUUUGUUUUGUCAUUAUUAGUACUAAAAACACUGCUUCCUGUCAA